AACAGAAACCUAUCUAGAAACUGCAGGUUGGUUCUGGAGAACCGGACUGGGUCGGCUCUGUUCUGUUUUAUUUUAGCUCUUAUUUUGAAAGAGCGUGGCCGCGCCCCUGAUUUCCGGCCGUGUUGCGGUGGUUGACGCAGCGCGUGAGUUUUCACAGCAGAAAGACCGAAGAUCAAAAGGCGCCGCCGAGCUGCAGACCAUGGCUGCCUUCCUCUUCCUCCACCUGGCCCUCCUCUUCCUCCUGGCGGGGCCCGCGAUCUUGCAGACUCCCGAUCCCGCUGAGCCGGACCUCCUGGACCGGAGCGCAGACUUCGGGGCGCGGUUGUACCGGGCGGUGGCGGGCCGAACCGACGACAACGUCUUGCUGGCUCCGCUCACUGUCUUUGCGGGAAUGCUAGCUCUGCUCAGCGGAACCAGCGGGCCGACCCAGAACCAGCUGCUGCAGGGACUCACCCUGACCGGACUGGACCCCCAGAUUCUGCCAGAUCGGUUCCAGGCCCUGAGGAACGCCGUCCUGCAGCCGGGCCUCAGCCUGCAGCAGGGCGCCGCGCUCUUCCUGGACCAGAGCUUCCAGGCGCCGCCGUCCUUCCAGGAUCUGGUUCAGACCAAAUAUGGCGGACAGACGCAGACCGUGUCCUUCUCCAACCAGGCGAAUGCCCAGGACGUCAUCAACCGCUGGGUCCAGGACCGGACCCAACACCAGAUCCAGAACCUGCUGAGCGCCCUGGACCACCAGACCCAGCUGCUGUUCGUUUCCGCCGCCACCUACCAGAUGCGCUUCAGUCCUCCCUUCAACGCCUCGCUGACUCAAGUUGAGCGUUUCUACGUCGACCGUUAUCAUGUCGCCAUGGUUCCCAUGAUGUUUCGGGCCGACAAGUACUUCCUGGCGUAUGACGGCGGCGUGAAGGCCGGCGUGCUGAAGCUGCCAAUGGCAGAUGGUGCCGCCAUGUUGGCGGUGCUGCCAGACGAAGACGUGGACCUGACCGCUGUGGAGGAGGAAGUGACCUCAGAGAAGAUCCGGGCCUGGGUCCGCCAGCUGAAGAAGACGAAGCUGGAGGUGCAACUUCCUGUCUUCCUGCUGAAGCGCUCCUAUGCCCUGAAAGACGUCUUGCAGGUGCUCGACAUCACGCAGGUGUUCCAAGAUGGCACUGACUUCAGCAGCAUGGGCGGGGCUUCAAGACCCAGCCUCUCUCAGGUGUAUCACGCCUCCGUCAUCUCCAUGGAUGAGAGCAGUGAUGAUGGAGGCUCAGGGGGCGGGGCCACCACCUUCUCCUCGCCGCCGCCACGCCUCACCUUCAACCGGCCCUUCAUCUUCAUCAUCUACCAGCAGGCCAGUGGCAGCCUGCUCCUCAUGGGCCGAGUGGCCAACCCCACAGAGAACUGAGCAAACAACCUCCCCCUUUGAAGCUCCGCCCACCUGUAGAGGCAGGUUGUAGCCUCACUUCCUGUCUAUCUGAAGUGUUAAACAUGAGGGGGAGUCCCCUGAAAGGGCCUCAAGGGACGCCCGAUGGGUCGAGUUAAACAGAUCCAGAACAUUCAAUCCUGUUCCAUUCCUACUAAUCAUCAUCUUGUUUAUUGUAGAGCACUUCCUGUUAGCACUGAGCUAAUGUUGCAUCCUAUUUAUUUUGUUGUUUUCCUGCAUGCUAGCAGCUUUUAGCACUGAGCUAACGCUGAAUGUUUGAUUCCGAUCAUAAACGGUUUUAAUAAAACUGAGUCUCC